AUGUUCAAAAGACUCGCAUCCAGCAGCCAACAAGCCAGUCGGGUAGUGCAACGUCGACGACCCCAGCUGCGAACACCUCUCGUCCAACCCCCCCCAACCGCACCUCCAGCCGCAGCUGCAACAGUCCAAUUCAGCACCCGCCCCGCUCUCCACACAACAAAGAAAGACGCCGGCUUCAGUCACAGCGAAGACUUUGACCGCACAGCGCUGGACCCCAAGCGCAACGAGGGCACCAAGUCCGGUACAGACAGUGAAGUUGCGCAGCACCGCGCCGCGUAUGAUCCCAGCCAGACGUCACCAGAGAGCGAGAUGCAAGAGAUGGGGGAGGAGACGAAGCAGGAAGGGGUGCCGGCGAAUCCGUUGGAUGUGAGUGGUGCGAAUCAGGAGGUAAAUCGGUCGCGGGAUCCGAGAGAGGGGAUGGCGGAUCGGAAUGCGGAUAGGGAGGGGCAUAGUACGAGGGGGGUUACGCCGAAGAAUCGUGAGGUGAAGACUAGGCCGUCGAAAUAG